AUGGUGCUUGUAAUCGGAUUUAUUUUGGUUUUCGGCACGGCGGAGCUGGUGUACUUGAGCGCAGUUCUUUACAAGUUCGAUGAAGGCGGGUGCCUUCCGCUUGCGUUUGCAGCGGUUAUAAUGACAGUCACCUACGUGUGGAACCAUGUGUACAGGAAGAGGUACUGCUACGAGGUGGAGCACAGUGUCUCUCCGGAGAUGGCGAUGGAGAUUUUUAGAGAAGCCAAGUUAACAAGGCUGCCGGGGCUCGCCAUCUUUUACUCGGAGAUGGUUCACGGAAUCCCUCCCCUGUUCAUGCAUUAUGUCGAGAAUGUGCCGGCGCUUCACUCUGUCCUUUUUUUCGUGUCAUUCAAAUCUUUGCCGAUCAGCAAAGUGCCGGUGGAGGAGAGGUUUGUCUUGCGGAGGAUGCAGCCGUGGGAUCUGAAUUUGUAUUGUUGCGCAGUGAGCUAUGGGUAUAAUGAUGCGCAUGGUGUCAAGGAGGACACUUUUGAGAAAUUGUUGGUUGAUAGAUUGAGGGAGUUCAUCGUGGAGGAGCCUAGGAGUGAAGAUGAGGUGUGUAGAGAAGAGGUCGAUAAUGAUGUGGAGGAUUUGGAGAAUGUUUGGCCAAGUGGAGUGGUGCAUUUGGUCGGGGAUCAUGAAGUGAUGGCGCGUAAAGGGUCGGGAUUUGGGAAGAGGGUGUUGAUCGAUUAUGUGUAUAAUUUCUUGGAGAUGAAUGUGAGGCGGAGGAAGAAAGUUUUCGACAUCCCACGCCGGAGAAUGCUUAAGGUGGGGAUGAUAUACGAAACUUUAGUAUAUGAAUAA